AUCCCAGCCUUACUUGCGCUUCUCGGCCUACUGACUGAGCAAAUUAGAGAGUUGCGAACGAAACUUUGAAGACGAAGUGCGAACUGCCGUCUGCGAAGGAGCCUGCGACGAGGAAUCGAGGAUGAAGGAGUUGUGAACCUGCGUGAACAUUAGCCGCGCCGCCUACUUCGUCCGCCGUCCGACCGUUGUCUGCCUGUCCCUGUCCGCCUUUGGCCCUCUGCGGCUCUGCGCCUCCCUCUAGCCCACCCUGGGACUUUCUGGAUCCACCCUUGCGAGCUCCGACGCCUCGCAGCGAGCUAGCGACGCCCUCUAGCCUGCCACCGCGCAACCACGUCCCUUCUCAAGCCUUUAAAAUCACGAGCGUACCGUCCGUCCAAACGGGUGCACGACGCCUUACCAGUCCGACGGUCCACCUUCCCUGGGCCGAAUCUAGGGGGCUAAAAUGUCCAGGUUUCGUUCACUAUUGCAAGCAUCCCUUGCUACAACUAAAAGAGCGCUUACAUGGAACCUUGAAGACUUAACUCCUCCAAGUGAAAGAUAUAUUUUCAAUUUCAACUCAAAAGCUGAACUGAAAAAGUGGCAUUUAUAUUCAGAUUCUGAAUAUGGAGGUAUGUCAUCUGCUUCUCUAGAGAUUAAAGAUACAAGUGAUGGAUCUAGUGCUGUUGGGAUAUUUUCUGGAAACCUCUCUCUGGAUGUUGUCGAGGGUUCAACCGGGAACAUGACUAGAAGUGGCUUUUGCGGAAUGAGGUCUAAAAAGUUUGAUGGCUUCAUCGACUUGGAUGCAUACGACACAAUAGCAGUCAAACUGAAAGGAGAUGGGAGGAACUACAUCUCUACUAUCUACACCCAGAAUUGGGUGAAUUCUCCUGGGCAAGAGGAAGAUAACUCAUGGCAGGCAUUUGUUUUUGUACCUAAAGACGACUGGUACAUAGCUAAGAUACCACUUUCCAUGUACAUGCCGACAUGGAGAGGAAACAUAAUAAAUGCAAAGUUGGAGAUGAAUCCAUCCCGAGUUCUGGCUAUGGCUCUAUCUGUCAAUGCAGAAGGUGGAGUCCCAGGUGCGAGGUCUGGCCCUGGAGAUUUUCAUGUGGAAAUUGAUUGGAUCAAAGCCUUACGAACAGUAUGAACAAGAGGCUGAGGCAGGUUUUACUACUUAGAAAGUGUGGUUGCAAGAAUCGACUGAGGCUGCGCUAUUAUAGAAAAUAUGCAGCACUUAAAUUUGUAUUGAUAAAGUACUGGAUUUCCCACUUUCCUAGUUUGGUUGUUUUUCCCAAGGUGCUUAUAAUCCAGAGGCAUAGUACUAUAGUAGUUUAGCACUUUAGCGGGUACAUCGGUACAUACUCUUUACAUUGUCACCGCAAAAUAUAAACGUAAGUGGGACUUACAAAAUAUAUAUGUGGGAGGCUCAGUAUUUGUGAUUAUGCUAUUCAGCAUGCAAUUGUAAUAAUUACAAAAAAAACUGUGUUACGUU